AUGGCCGACAACUCAGAUGUUCAGGUGGCAACUGAGGUAUUCUUCGGCAAUUGCUGGACAUCAGCCACCACUGCGCUACUGGCUUACGACUUCGUCCUCACGUUCCCCAGCGAGGUGACGCUCUUCUGGAAGGGAGGCCACCUUUCCGGAGCAACCCUUCUGUGUCUGCUAAAUAGAUACAUCACUCUCGCGUCGCAAGUCAUUAAUAAUGUCUCGCUCCCAUCUGCAUUCUCCGUAUACAUUGCUGCGGCUGUGUUGCAGGCGUUGCAGUAUCUCCCAUGGGCUGCAUUCUCAGCACUCAGAGCAUAUGCUCUUUGUCCUGACCCGUAUCGAUGGGUCAUUUCCGCAGGUAUUUUCGCUCUGUCUUCGGUGCCCAUUGUCACCGAUUUGUGGGUAAACCUGCACGGAUUGUCAGUUGUGAACGAUCCGGUCCUGGGCAUCAUAGCCAUCACUCCGGUAUCAGCGAGCACGAUCACGAAAGCGCUGCUCGUGUUGAGCAUUCUCCAAAUGACGUUCACCCUGACGGGGAUUGGGAAUAAAGUGGAUUCACCAACGAGCGUGAUUGCACUUCUGGAGGAACCCUUGACCUCCAUCCUCAUAUCGAGGUUCCUCAUCGACCUGCAGAAGGCCCAGUGCAAGCUGGCGGGCUCUUCUCGGUCAGUCUCACUCGGGGAAGUUGCAUUCCAAUCGCAGACCUCGGGGAGCACCGGUUGCUUCGUUGGAUCCUUGGGAGCCCAGCUCUCCUGUCAUGAAGUCGACGAAGAAGAGGACGAGAUGGAACAUAGGCUGUAG